GUACAAUAUUCCCACAUCCAUAUACCUAGUAGCACUCCAACAAUCAACCUCCACUCCGCUUGCUGAAUAUUCAUUCCGCGACCACCAACCACCAACCACAGUUUAGACGUUUCCCAUCAAUAGCGUUUAUUGCAAGACAGCUAGAUCUUUAGGGGCCAGGUACAAUAGUUGUCGUGUUUUGGCAUUGCCAUCGAUCUUCAGCACCCAGUGGGGAAAAAAAGAUUAUACUUGAUUCACAAUGUCUACCAGAUCUACAGUAUCGUCGCUUUAUCGACGCUCCCUGAAGCUUUCCCUGGACUGGUCCGUACACAGGCAUCUCUGGAGAGGGCAAGCAUUGUACAUCAGAUCACUAUUCGAGGCGCAAAAAACUGUCCACGACCCAAGACUGCAGAGGGCAUUAUUCAAAGAGACAGAGGAUUUACUCGAGAAGUGGAAGCAUCCAGAUCCAUAUCGCCCACCCACUGCCCCUGGAGGAUCGAAAUACGAGCGCAAUCUUCCAUCUCCAAUUCUCGACCCUCCUGCAAAGAUGGCUUUGUAAGUUACUGGGGAUUUCAUGGGGACGAGGGCAGAUCGCUACAGUGCGAAGUUACAAUCAGUGGAAGAAUUGAGGAAUUGUACAUAGCACAAGAAAUUCGACAAGGUUUCCAGACACGCCCUCAGAGAAUCUGAACGCAUCUUUCUCUAGUGAUUUUUGUUUAGUCCGAUAUGAUUGGAAUUGAAUGAGCA